AGCUUUUUGACAGUUAUUACCCUCUCUGUUAGCAGAACCUCAGGAACCGCAGCUUUAUCUCAAUGAACGCGGCCUCACCUUGACCCAGAGCGGCCCGUUAUCGUUCCGACAGCUUACAUUUUCAUCUCUAACGAGUCCCCGUCAGAAACUCCUCCAACUUUUCCUUCUCUGAGCUGCUUCAUCUUCAAGAGAAACAAUGACAGAGGGGAACAAUGUGACGGAAAGUGACACCAAAGACCCUACCGCCGGAGACGUGCCCGUGGAGCCGGUCUCUGCGAAGGAGGAGAACGGAGAGUAUAAGGUGGUCUUGGCGGAGAAAGCCUCUCCUCCUGCGGCGGAGGAGGUCGAGUUCGUCCACCCCGAGGGCGGCUGGGGCUGGGUGGUCAUGCUGGCAUCCAUGUGGUGCAACGGCUCGGUGUUCGGGAUCCAGAACUCCUUCGGCUUACUGUUCUUGUCCAUGUUGAGAGAGUUCGGCUCAGAGCACGACCCGGACCUGCGCUUCAGAACCUCAUGGGUGGGCUCCCUCUCCAUGGGGAUGAUCUUCUUCUGCUCCCCCAUUGUCAGCAUCUUCACAGACAUCUUCGGCUGCAGGAUUACUGCAGUAGGUGGCGCUGCUGUCGGCCUGGUCGGCCUCCUGGCCAGCUCCUUCGUCAAGAGCCUGAAUGUGAUGUAUUUCACGUAUGGCGUCGUGUUCGCCUGCGGCUGCUCCUUUGCCUACCAGCCCAGCCUGGUCAUCCUGGGUCACUACUUUAAGAAGCGCCUGGGCCUGGUGAACGGCAUUGUGACGGCCGGCAGCGGCAUCUUCACCGUCACCUUGCCCUUCAUUCUGUCACAGCUGCUGGAGAAAGUGGGCCUGCAAAACACUCUGCGUGUUUUCUGCAUUCUCAUGUUUGUACUGAUACUAGCCGGCUUCACCUACAAGCCCCUGCUACCAGCCAAACCUGCCGAGACCCAAACAGGAUUCCGUCUGAGUCGGAUUUUCAACAUGAACAUCUGGAAGUCUGUGGGAUACCGUAUUUGGGCCUUUGGAAUUCCUGCUGCUCUUUAUGGGUACUAUGUACCAUACGUCCAUCUGAUGAGCUACGUGGAGGAGCGCUUUGGGCCAGAUGUAAACAAAGAGAUCCUGCUGCUGUGCAUCGGCAUCACGUCCUGCCUGGGCCGGUUCAUCUUCGGCAGCGUGGCGGACUUUGUGAAGGGAUCCAACAAAGUGUUCCUGCAGGUCCUUUCGUUCUUGAUCAUCGGCGUCAUGUCCAUGAUGAUCCCGCUGUGCAACAUCUUUGGAGGGCUGAUCGCCGUGUGCCUGCUGAUGGGGCUUUUUGACGGCUGCUUCAUCUGCAUUAUGGCGCCCAUCGCCUUCGAGCUGGUCGGAGCCAAAGAUGUCUCCCAGGCUAUCGGCUUCCUGCUCGGCCUGAUGUCCGUUCCCAUGGUUGCAGGUCCCCCAAUUGCAGGGUUCCUGAGGGACAAACUGGGCAGCUAUGACAUGGCCUUCUACCUGGCAGGCAUCCCCCCGAUCAUUGGGGGGAUUGUGUUGUGUCUUAUACCAUGGGUGGAGGCCAGGAACAGGAGGAAGCAAAAGGAGGGUCUGAGCAAAGAGUAUGAUGUCAACCAGAAGAUGAUAGAGCUUGAGAAGGCUCAGGAAGAUGCAAAGAACAAAAUAGGAGAUUCUGUCCUCUAAGGCCUUUCCACUGCCUGCCCCCCCCAAAAUAAACUGAAAGAGACAAUCAUUGGGUCAGCCUGGGGUCAGUGCUGAUCGGCAGUGUUAAAAUGCUGUUCCUUUUCUUUUGUUUUUUUAGCCUUCAGUAUGAUGAAAUUCCAAAGCAAUGCAACAUAUCAAAGGUAAAGUGUUUGAACUAAUUCCAAGAUAGACGUGAUCCUGAUCUCUUUCCAGACAGCAUAUAAUGCAUAUAAUGCUGCUCUUUCAGUCCUCAGUGUCUUUACCAAAAUACAGAAGUCUUGUCUUGCAGCUUAACCUGUAGCCAUAGCCAUGGCUACAGCUACAGGUAGCUGUAGCCAUCUAGCUCAGAACAAGCAUUUACAGGAUUAAACAAGUUUACGUUUAGCUUGCUUUUAGCUUUGUUUUAUAGAUGAUUCCUUCAAAGAUUCCUUCUUAACCACAACCCUAGUUUCAAUAACGUUGGGUAAAACAUAAAAAAACGGAAUAUAAUGAUUUACAAAAUCUUUUCAACCUAUAUUCAAUGGAAUUCACUACAAAGACAAUAUAUUUAUUGAUCAAACAGAUAAACUUUGUUGUUUUUUGCAAAUAUUCACUUAUUUGGAAUUUGAUUUGUUCAACACAUUCCAAAAACGUUGGGAUAGUCUGAACAAAGCAGCAACACCUGCAGAAUGUGGCUUGGUGUGUCUAGCCGGAACAAGCAGGGACGUCCCUGAAAAAGACGUAGCUUGGAUGGUACUACAUGUUGCUCCAAAAUCCAUAUAUAGCUCUCAGCAUCAACGUUGCCUUCACAGAUGUACAAGUAAUCCAUGGACUAUUUUCAAUUCCCAUACAGACAUCUGAGGUUUAGUAUCAGCCGAUACAGAUCAGAUACAGAAUACUAGAACAGAACUGGCUUAAACACAGACAUAAAUGGACUGAACUAUAAAUUUGUUUGAUAACUCUUCACCAGCACAGCACACUUACAUACACUGGUUGCUUCACAAGUCUGGUCAACAUGUAAAAAACAACUUUCAUUUGUUCAGUCAGUGCAAUUAGGAGUAGAACAGCCAAUGGAAAAUAAAUAAUAAA